UGCGUCAAACAUUAACGUCCCGCGGAGGUCAAGACACCGCAUAAAUAGGGCGGCGCGGUGGUCGCGCUCCAUAGAGACAAACUGAGCGACACACUCUGAGAUACACACUGACACACACUUCUCACUUGGUUUCAUUUUUAAUUUUGAUUUUUUUAAAAAUAUACACAUUUUUUUUUUCCUUUUCUCUCUUCUCCAUCCGCUGUGAUGAGUGGAUUAUUGCUGAGGUACCCCUGGGUGGGGGUGGCGCUGUGCUCUGCGCUCCUGCCCCCGGCGCUCGCCUCGCCCCUGCUGCCCCAGGAGCCGGUCCGCUGCGCUCCCUGCACGCCGGAGAAGACGCUCGAUUGCCCGGCAGUGGCCCCGGGCUGCGCCGAGGUGCUGCGGGAGCCGGGCUGCGGGUGCUGCCUCGCCUGCGCGCUCGCCAAGGGCGACUCGUGCGGGAUCUACACGGCGCACUGUGGCUCCGGGUUACGGUGCAUGCCGAGACCCGGGGACCCGAGACCCCUGCAUUCUCUUACGCGGGGCCAAGGCGUGUGCGUGGAGAUCUCCGAGGUGGAGCAAAGCCAGACCCCGGAUCAGGAUGACACGGAGACGGACGCGCGGAACAGCGCGGCCGCGGCGCACGAUCACGCGCCGGCCCCGCACUACCCCCCGCACGGCAAGCCGUUCGAUCCGCGCGCGGCCGCGGACGCCCAGGAGAGCAUGAAAGCCAAGGUCAACGCGAUCCGCAAGAAGCUGACAGAGCUGGGUCCUUGCCACAUGGAGUUGCACAGGGCCCUUGAGAAGAUCGCCAAAUCCCAGCAGAACCUGGGUGACAAGCUCACCAAGUUUUACCUGCCCAACUGUGACAAGCAUGGCUUCUACAAGGCAAAGCAGUGCGAGACAUCUCUGGAGGGCCAGAGUGGAAGGUGCUGGUGCGUCUCCUCCUGGAACGGGAAGCGCAUCCUUGGCUCCAGUGACCUCCUCGGAGACUCCGAGUGCCAGCAGGAGCUCACUCACUGACAGCACAUAGGACCACGCCCCCCCAGUCCUUUUUUGAUACCUAUUAUUUAUUUGAUGUUUUCUUUUUGAUUCAGGUACAUUGUCUGUGAUUGUUAACUGUGGUCCCCCCCCACCUUCCUGGGUGAUAAAUCUAUUUUUUUUCUCAGAGGUAAAUGGGAAAAAAUGAAUCUGUUUAUUUACAAUAUAUCUAUUUAUUUAAACUUCCUGUAUGCAUAUUGGUAUUAAAUAUUUGUAAUUAUUGUAAGAAUAUUUAUAUAAAUAUGUUGCCUUAUUUUUUGUAUUAAUGUACAUAGGAGUGUGUAAAUCUGCAUUCUAAGCAACUCCAUCACAGGGCUUACCUCACCCAACCUUUUCUCAAGGACUAAUGGUAUUUGAGUUUGUUCUCGUUUUGAAGGAACAGAGACAGUUAUUAUAACCUGUUUCACUGAACGGCUGUGUUCUUGUGUGCCGUUUGGAAAAUUUACUAAGGGUGUCUUUGGGCUGUUGUUUCUGUCAAUUAUUUUAACAUGUUUUAAAUGUGCUUCUCUUGUGAGUCUGGUGCUUUAAUAAGCUUUCUGUCUUUUACUACACCUGUGGCAUUACAAAAAGUUGUCGGUAAUACCAGCUACUUGCGUUACCUUCUGAAAGGGUAUUAAACGGGUAUGAACCUA